GGCCGGGGCCGCCCCUGCUGCCGGCUGCCCUGAAAUAGCCGCGGCGGGCUCAGUGCCACAGUGCCCCGGCUCCCCGCGCCAUGGGCGGCAAGAAGGUCUGCAUCGUGGGCUCCGGCAACUGGGGCUCGGCCAUCGCCAAGAUCGUGGGCAGCAACGCGGCGCGGCUGGGCGCCUUCGAGACCCAGGUGAGCAUGUGGGUGCUGGAGGAGGAGGUGGGCGGCCGGCGGCUCACCGACAUCAUCAACACGGAGCACGAAAACGUCAAGUACCUGCCGGGGCGCAAGCUGCCCUCCAACGUGGUGGCAGAGCCAGACCUGCUGAAAGCCUGCGCCGGGGCUGACGUCCUCCUGUUCGUGGUGCCCCACCAGUUCAUCGGCAAAGUCUGCGACCAGCUCAAGGGCCACGUGAAGAAAGAGGCCAUCGGGAUGUCGCUCAUCAAGGGGGUGGACGAAGGACCAGAUGGGCUAAAGCUGAUCUCGGACAUCAUCCGCGAGAAACUGGGCAUAGAGAUGAGUGUCCUCAUGGGGGCCAACAUUGCCAACGAAGUGGCAGACGAGAAGUUCUGCGAAACAACCAUCGGCUGCAAGAACGUGCAGCACGGGCAGGUCCUGAAGGAGCUGAUGCAGACGCCCAACUUCCGGGUCAGCGUGGUGCCCGAAGCGGAUGCCGUCGAGAUCUGCGGGGCUCUCAAGAACAUAGUGGCUGUUGGGGCUGGUUUCUGUGACGGGCUUGGCUUUGGGGACAACACGAAGGCUGCCGUGAUCCGUCUGGGGCUGAUGGAGAUGAUCGACUUCGCCAAGCUCUUCUGCAAGGGCCCCGUCACCCACUCCACCUUCCUGGAGAGCUGCGGGGUCGCCGACCUCAUCACCACUUGCUACGGCGGCCGCAACCGCAAAGUGGCCGAGGCUUUUGCCAAGACGGGGAAGUCUAUUGAGCAGCUGGAGAAGGAGAUGUUGAACGGGCAGAAGCUGCAGGGCCCCCCGACGUCUGCUGAGCUGCAUCACAUCCUCAAAAGCAAGAACGCGGUGGAGAAGUUCCCCCUCUUCACAGCUGUGUAUCAGAUCUGCUACGAGGGCAAACCUGUUGCUGACAUCAUCAAGUGUCUCCAGGACCACCCCGUGCACAUGUAAGGGAGCUCCGCCGGGAAACCGUCGAUGCUGCCGAGAGGAGCAGAGCACCCCUGCCUGCACCACCUCGCUGCUGCUGCCGCUUCGUCAGGAGCCUGGAUUUCCCGGGAGCCUUUGCAGAGACGGGACGGGCAGAGGUUCCCUUCCUCAGCCCCGGAGACUGCCCGGCAUCCGCGCGGAGGUACCUGCUGAUCUCCCCCUCUCUGAAGGGCUUGCUUAGCUUCUGCUGCUGCCUAGGGUCUGUCCUGAGGAAGGCUGGGCAUCCUCCUCCUCUCGCUCCCUCCUGCUGCGAUGGAUUCGGUCCUCAGCGGCGCUCUGCCAGGCCACCCUGCUCGAUACGGGCUGCGCAGGAGGCACCGUCUGUGGGGACAAGCUUUGCUUUUAGCCCCGUGGGGCGGCUUCGUGUGACACAGCUCCUUUCCUGCUUGCUGCUGCUCCUUUUGGCUUAGCCACCUCACGGAGAGGCGACAGGUCCCUGCCAGGCUCCACCGACACGAUCAAGGCUCCUGAGGACUUUCGAAGGGGGUGAGAAUCGCUCCUCUUUCUAAGGCGCACCAGCACAGGAAAGCAUCCUUUGCCACCCUGCCACGUGCUGCCACCAGCUGCUCCUGGCAAACGGCGCGGCCAAUGCUCCCCCGUGCGAGGGCAGCUCCGGGGGUGCCGAACCCUCGGAGACUUCCCAGCUCCUCUCCUCGGCUUUUUGCUCUCGCAGUCGAACCUGGCCUCAGCACCCAGGAACUCCUCUUUUGUCGCAGAUUUGCCUGCGCUAGUUCCGUGCCAACUGAUUGUCCCUGGAUGGCCUUCCUCCCUCGGGUCUCUUUGUCCUGUCUGCUUUGGCAACGCAGGGACCAACUGCCCCAAAUUCCUUCUGAGCAGCUGGCAGCCUGAGUCCCUCAGCAGCGUACCUGCCAAAGCAGUUGGGCUUUUAAACAAAUGAUCCUCAGCGGCUUUUCAUCUCCUCUCUGGCUUGCUCCAGCCUGUGCCUUAGCCCCAUCUUUGCUUCUACGCGUGGCUUUACAGGAGCUGAGAAGAGAAAGCAGGUUCCCCCUUUCCCUGCUGCCUCUCCUGUGAGUGCUGGGAGCCGCCCGCCAGCUCGAGGGCAGCGAUGGCUGCGGGGUCUGUGAGCGGUGCAGGGAGGCUUCCAGCAUCAUGAGAGAGGACAGAGGUCGCGGUGCCUCAUGCUGCCUUGUGCCUUUGAAACCUGCCCCUUGUCCAGCCGCGCGCCACGUGCCUCCCGGGCCGCUGCAGCUGGCUCGCUCUGCGCUCGUGUUUGCUCGGGCCGGUGUCCAGCGUUUCACUGAUCCCGUCUGGGCUGGCAGGCGGGAGCUGCUGCCGCUCUCGCUGCCCACCGCAGCUCCGGGUCCUAGUGCCGCUGGGUCUCUGACUGGCAGUCUACUUUAUGGAUGUUUAAAAUAAUAAAUUUGGGGAGGGGAGACCCACCCUUUGCUCCGUG